UUCUUUCCACCGUUUGUUGAGAACCCGAGAAACCCUAACAAGUGUGGAGCUCAUAGCAAAGUCAAUCAAUGAACAACCAUCAAAUAGUAAGUUAUCAAAGACUUAAGCUUGGAAUACCUUAACCCUUGGAACAUCUGAAACCUUAAGCCUCAAAUCCCUCUUUGUUGAAAAUCCUAACCUUUACUCUGUUUUGAAAACCCUAAGCCUUUACUUUCCGUCAAAAACCUUAAGCCUUCACUCUCCAUGAAAAACCCUUGGAAGAUUACCAUAUACCCACCUUGACCCACAAUUUUUCUUCACUUACUGGCAAUAGAAUCUCAUAUAUCUGAACAAUAAUGAAAUCAGUAGUAUAGUGAGAGGCAAUUGCAGCGGGAUACAUCGCAUCAUAAAAAAAUGAGGUGUGUUUUGUCAGAAAAUAGAGCAAUUUGGCCUUAUCGUCCUUGAAGCAACCAAGAAUGGACUGAGAGCAUUAUAACCACACCAGUACAAUGGAGUUUGGAUGGGGUUUAGGAUGUGAGAAUACAUGAAGAAGGGAGUGGGAAGAAAGGAAGGGAAUUUCGGUUUGUUGUGAUGUCCAUCUUCAAGGCACAUGUAGAAGGUCAACUUAAGUCACAGAUGGGGAAUUGUCUCACGGUCUCUUCUGCAAGCGACGUCUCCAAGAAGCGCAAGUCUUUGGCUAUUGAAACCUCCUUCAAGCUUCCUGCUCCGAUGCCCACUUGGCCUCCAGGUGAAGGUUUUGCGGGUGGAACCAUUGAUCUUGGAGGGGGAUUAGAAGUCUGUCAGAUAUCAUCUUUCACCAAAGUUUGGGCAACCCAUGAAGGGGGACCAGAUAACCUGGGCGCCACGUUCUUCGAACCUUCCCCAAUGCCGGAGGAAUUCUGCAUGCUGGGUUGCUACAGCCAGCCCAACAAGAAGCCUCUCUUCGGGUGGGUUCUUGCUGGGAAAGAUAACACAAAUAACCCCUUGGGUGGGGCUCUGAAGAAGCCAAUUGAUUACACCCUUGUUUGGAGCAGUGAGUCCUUGAAAAUUAAGCAAGAUGGCAAUGGCUAUGUCUGGCUUCCCACACCCCCAGAUGGUUAUAAAGCCGUUGGUCAUGUUAUCACAAACUUACCUGAGAAGCCUUCCCUGGAUAAAAUCCGCUGUGUUCGCUCCGACCUUACGGACCUAUGUGAGGCUGAUACGUGGAUUUGGGGACUAGAUAAGGUGGCCAAUGCAAAUGGGUUCAAUGUAUAUGACUUGCAACCCAGCGACAGAGGGGCACAGGCUCUCGCUGUAUCUGUAGGUACAUUUGUGGCACAAAAUGGUGGGGCUGCUUCUUCUUUAUCUCUAGCCUGUUUAAAGAACAUCAGUUCUAAUUUGUAUGCUAUGCCUAAUCUAGCCCAAGUCGAUGCCUUAGUUCAAGCAUAUUCUCCCUGGGUUUAUUUGCAUCCUGAUGAACAAUACCUCCCUUCUUCAGUCUCCUGGUUUUUCCAGAAUGGGGCACUACUAUACCAACAGGGGGAGGAGUCUAAACCUGUCAACAUCGAUCCCACUGGCUCAAACCUUCCCCAAGGCGGAUCAAAUGAUGGUGCCUACUGGUUGGACCUUCCUGUGGAUGCGAAGGCCAAAGAAACUGUCAAGAAAGGAGAUUUACAAGAUUCCAUGACUUAUAUGCAUAUAAAACCUAUGUUGGGCGCAACAUUCACCGACAUUGCCAUCUGGAUUUUCUACCCAUUUAAUGGCCCUGCAAGGGCUAAAGUUGAGUUAAUCAAUAUUUCACUGGGUAAGAUAGGCGAACAUGUGGGUGAUUGGGAGCAUGUGACCCUUAGAGUGAGCAACUUCAAUGGAAAGCUUAUGAACGUCUUUUUCUCAGAGCACAGUUCAGGAACAUGGGUGAACGCUUCCGAGCUUGAGUUCCAAAAUGGUAACAAAGUGGUAAGCUAUGCGUCCUUACAUGGCCACGCCUUCUAUCCGAAGCCCGGACUUGUUUUACAAGGGAGUGGGGCAAUGGGAAUAAGGAAUGACACAGCAAAGAGUAAGAUGGUCAUGGAUACUGGAACCAGGUAUAUAGUAGUUGCAGCUGAAUAUUUGGGCUCUGCAGUAGUUGAACCACCAUGGUUGAACUACUAUAGGAAAUGGGGUCCAAAAAUUAGUUAUGACCUCGCAGCUGAGAUCAAAGAGGUGGAAAAAUUAUUGCCUGGGAAGCUGAAAUCUGCUUUUGAGAAGCUUGUGAAAAGUCUUCCAAAUGAAAUCUUGGGGGAGGAAGGGCCUACUGGCCCCAAGAUGAAAAAGAAUUGGGAUGGGGAUGAAGUUUGAAGGUUCAACUUUAUUAUAUGCGCAUAAUUGCUUUGUGAUGUAAAUCACAAUUAUAAUUUGUUUGGUAUGCAAUUACACUUAAUGACAAGAAACUCUUUAUCAUUUAUUGAAAAUUUGACAUGCUUUCAA